AUGGAGUUGGUCCGGUUGGCAGACGCGGUGAAAGGGGAGGUUUAUACGUGUUAUGAGGCUCCGCUGGGUUCGCAUUUGAAGCCGGAGGUGCGGGAAAAGAUUUGGAAGAGUGAAUAUGUAGAGAUAUUCGCGUUGUUACCGCUUGAGAAAUUUAACCUGGAUAGGGUUAAGCCGGAGGUGUCCAAGAAAGAGGACGAGGAGAAGAGGAGGUAUAGGCUUAUACCUAGGACGUUUGCGAACUGGUCGCAGGCCUACUCGAUCAUGGCGAGCGUGAUCGGGGAGAAGAACCCCGAACAUUGUUCGGCGCUUUUCAGUUACCAGGAGGCGAUUAGCGAGGCCUACCGGUGUUACGGGGGCACGGGGUGGCUCCGGUAUGAUGAGCAGUUCCGGCAGUGCCGGGCUAUCAGGCCGGAUAUUAGGGCGGCCGCCCUGUCGUUGGAAAGGGGAUUCUCUGUGGGUUUUAGCAUUCCAUGUAAGUUGUCUGUGGUCCCCCUGGUGGCUAAGAAUUUGCGUUCCGCGUUACAACACCCGGAGGUGGUUUCGGAGAAACUGCGGAAGGAAGUGGCGCUGGGUCGGAUGGGGGGCCCAUUUGUCUCACCUCCCUUGGACGACUUGGUGGUUUCCCCAUUGGGGGUGGUGCCUAAGAAGGAGCCAAACAAAUUCCGGCUCAUUCAUCAUUUGUCGUUUCCAAAGGGGGGGUCGGUCAACGACGCUAUCAGCAUGGAGGAGUGCACAGUGAGUUACACCUCUUUUGAUGCUGCAGUGGGCUGGGUUAGACGGUAUGGCCGGGGGGCCUUGAUGGCCAAGUCGGACAUUGAGGCGGCAUUUCGGCUCCUGCCGGUCCACCCGGAUAGUUUUCGGCUUUUGGGCUGCCAUUGGGGUGGGGAGUUCUACGUAGACAAGUGUCUGCCGAUGGGCUGCUCCAUUUCCUGUGUGCUGUUUGAACGGUUUAGUUCUUUCCUAGAGUGGGUGGUUCAGGAUGUGUCCGGAGUGAGCUCCGUGAUCCACUAUCUGGAUGACUUCCUCUGUGUUGGCCCAGCGGGGUCGCGGAUUUGUGCAGUGUUGUUGGCCACAUUGGAGCACGUUGUGGAGCGAUUUGGUGUGCCGCUGGCACCCGAGAAAACGGAAGGACCGAGAUCGGUCAUCCAAUUCUUGGGCAUCGUGAUAGAUUCGGAGGUGAUGGAAUGUAGGUUACCGCUGGACAAGUUGGAGGGCCUCAAGGCUGAGAUUCAGGAGAUGGUGGGCUUGCGGAAAGUGCAACUCCGAGCGCUGCAGUCGCUCCUGGGGAAGCUCAAUUUCACGUGCCGCAUUCUCCCCAUGGGGAGGGUCUUUUGCAGGCGCCUAUCGGCGGCCACAGCGGGGGUUAGGUCACCCAGGCACUAUGUGCGCCUGGGGAAGAAACAUAGGGAGGAUUUGUUGGUGUGGCACUCCUUUUUGGAAUCUUUCAACGGCAGGGCCUUGUGGAUGUCCGGUCCGAUGAACAUCUUUGUAUAUGCGGUGCAUUUACCGGGGGUGGAGAAUGUAGUGGCUGACGCUCUGUCUCGCUUUCAGUGGGACAGGUUCCGGGAGCUGGUGCCGGAAGCAGAGGAGCAAGGGGUCCCAUGUCCGUUGGAAUCGUCUCCAGUUGGAUCAGAAAACACAAUCAUUUCCAAAAAUACAGAUAAAUUUGGAUGCACUGUAAAAACUGUUUGCAAUGAAAAAUGUGUUAUUGAGGAACAACGAGAAGGAAAUUGCCCUGUAUCUUCCACCACAGCACCAACCACUCGCUCUACCACUUCCCCUACAUCAACAACAUCAACUACUCGCUCUACCACUUCCCCUAUUUCAACAUCAACUACUCGCUCUACCACUUCCCCUACAUCAACAACAUCAACGACUCUCUCUACCACUUCCCCUACAUCAACAGCAUCAACCACUCUCUCUAUCACUUCACCUACAUCAACAGUCUCAACCACUCUCUCUACCACUUCCUCUACAUCAACAGCAUUAACCGAACUCUAUCCCACCAUCCCUACAUCAACAGCCUCAACCACUCUCUCUACCACUUCCCCUACCUCAACAGCAUCAACCACUCUAUCUACCACUUCCCCUACAUCAACAGCAUCAACCACUCUCUCUACCAGUUCCCCUACAUCAACAGCCUCAACCACUCUCUCUACUACUUCCCCUACAUCAACAGCCUCAACCACUCUCUCUACCACUUCCCCUACAUCAACAGCAUCAACCACUAUCUCUACCACUUCCCCUACAUCAACAGGAUCAACUACUCGCUCUACCACUUCCCCUACACCAACAGCAUCGACCACACUCUCUACCACUUCCCCUACAUCAACAGUGUUGACCACUCUCUCUACCACUUCCUCUACAUCAACAGCAUCGACCACUAGCUCUACCACUUCCCCUACACCAACAACAUCAACCACUCCCUCUACCACUUCCCCUACAUCAACAGCAUUAACCACUCUCUCUACUACUUCCCCUACAUCAACAGUAUCAACCACUCUCUCUACCACUUCCCCUACAUCAACCACUCUCUCUACCACUGCCCCUACAUCACCUACUCGCUCUACCACUUCAACUACAUCAACAACAUCAACCAUUCCCUCUACCACUUCCCCUACAUCAACAGCAUCAACCACUCUCUCUACCACUUCCCCUACAUCAACAGCAUCAACCACUCUCUCUGCCACUUCCCCUACAUUAACCACGCUCUCUACCACUUCCCCUACAUCACAUACUCACUCUACCACUUCCCCUACAUCAACAACAUCAACCACUCCCUCUACCACUUCCCCUACAUCAACCACUCUCUCUACCACUGCCCCUACAUCACCUACUCGCUCUACCACUUCAACUACAUCAACAACAUCAACCAUUCCCUCUACCACUUCCCCUACAUCAACAGCAUCAACCACUCCCUCUUCCACUUCCCCUACAUCAACAGCAUCAACCAUUCUCUUUAUCACUUCCCCUACAUCACCUACUCACUCUACCACUUCCCCUACAUCAACAACAUCAACCACUCCCUCUACCACUUCCCCUACAUCAACAGCAUCAACCACUCUCUCUACCACUUCCUCUACAUCAACCACUGGCUCUACCACUUCCGCUACAUCAACAGCAUCAACCACUUCCUCUACCACUUACCCUACAUCAACAGCAUCAACCACUCCCUCUACCACUUCCCCUACAUCAACAGCAUCAACCACUCUCUCUACCACUUCCCCUACAUCAACAGCAUCAACCACUCCCUCUACCACUUCCCCUACAUCAACAGCAUCAACCACUCUCUUUAUCACUUCCCCUACAUUAACCACGCUCUCUACCACUUCCCCUACAUCAACAGCAUCAACCACUCUCUCUACCACUUCCCCUACAUCAACAACAUCAACCACUCCCUCUACUACUUCCCCUACAUCAACAGCAUCAACCACUCUCUUUAUCACUUCCCCUACAUCACCUACUCGCUCUACCACUUUCCCUACAUCAACAACAUCAACCACUCCCUCUAUCACUUCCCCUACAUCAACAGCAUCAACCACUCCCUCUACCACUUCCCCUACAUCAACAGCAUCAACCACUAUCUUUAUCACUUCCCCUACAUCACCUAUUCGCUCUACCACUUCCCCUACAUCAACAACAUCAACCACUCCCUCUACCACUUCCCCUACAUCAACAGCAUCAACCACUCUCUCUACCACUUCCUCUACAUCAACAGCAUCAACCACUAGCUCUACCACUUCCCCUACAUCAACAGCAUCAACCACUCCCUCUACCACUUACCCUACAUCAACAGCAUCAACCACUCCCUCUACCACUUCCCCUACAUCAACAGCAUCAACCACUCUCUUUAUCACAUCCCCUACACCAUCUACUCAAUCUACCACUUCCCCUACAUCAACAACAUCAACCACUCCCUCUACCACUUCCCCUACAUCAACAGCAUCAACCACUCUCUCUACCACUUCCUCUACAUCAACAGCAUCAACCACUAGCUCUACCACUUCCCCUACAUCAUCAGCAUCAACCACUCCCUCUACCACUUACCCUACAUCAACAGCAUCAACCACUCCCUCUACCACUUCCCCUACAUCAACAGCAUCAACCACUCUCUCUACCACUUCCUCUACAUCAACAGCAUCAACCACUCUCUCUACCACUUCCCCUACAUCAACAGCAUCAACCACUCCCUCUACCACUUCCCCUACAUCAACAGCAUCAACCACUCUCUUUAUCACUUCCCCUACAUCACCUACUCGCUCUACCACUUCCCCUACAUCAACAGCAUCAACCACUCCUUCUACCACUUCCCCUACAUCAACAGCAUCAACCACUCACUUUAUCACUUCCCCUACAUUAACCACGCUUUCUACCACUUCCCCUACAUCAACAGCAUCAACCACUCCCUCUACCACUUCCCCUACAUCAACAGAAUCAACCACUCACUUUAUCACUUCCCCUACAUUAACCACGCUCUCUACCACUUCCCCUACAUCAAAAACAUCAACCACUCCCUCUACCACUUCCCCUACAUCAACAGCAUCAACCACUCUCUUUAUCACAUCCCCUACACCAUCUACUCAAUCUACCACUUCCCCUACAUCAACAACAUCAACCACUCCCUCUACCACUUCCCCUACAUCAACAGCAUCAACCACUCUCUCUACCACUUCCUCUACAUCUACAGAAUCAACCACUAGCUCUACCACUUCCCCUACAUCAACAGCAUCAACCACUCCCUCUACCACUUACCCUACAUCAACAGCAUCAACCACUCCCUCUACCACUUCCUCUACAUCAACAGCAUCAACCACUAGCUCUACCACUUCCCCUACAUCAACAGCAUCAACCACUCUCUCUACCACUUCCUCUACAUCUACAGAAUCAACCACUAGCUCUACCACUUCCCCUACAUCAACAGCAUCAACCACUCCCUCUACCACUUACCCUACAUCAACAGCAUCAACCACUCCCUCUACCACUUCCUCUACAUCAACAGCAUCAACCACUAGCUCUACCACUUCCCCUACAUCAACAGCAUCAACCACUCCCUCUACCACUUACCCUACAUCAACAGCAUCAACCACUCCCUCUACCACUUCCCCUACAUCAACAGCAUCAACCACUCUCUCUACCACUUCCUCUACAUCAACAGCAUCAACCACUCUCUCUACCACUUCCCCUACAUCAACAGCAUCAACCACUCCCUCUACGACUUCCCCUACAUCAACAGCAUCAACCACUCUCUUUAUCACAUCCCCUACACCAUCUACUCAAUCUACCACUUCCCCUACAUCAACAACAUCAACCACUCCCUCUACCACUUCCCCUACAUCAACAGCAUCAACCACUCUCUCUACCACUUCCUCUACAUCUACAGAAUCAACCACUAGCUCUACCACUUCCCCUACAUCAACAGCAUCAACCACUCCCUCUACCACUUACCCUACAUCAACAGCAUCAACCACUCCCUCUACCACUUCAUCUACAUCAACAGCAUCAACCACUCUCUCUACCACUUCCUCUACAUCUACAGAAUCAACCACUAGCUCUACCACUUCCCCUACAUCAACAGCAUCAACCACUCCCUCUACCACUUACCCUACAUCAACAGCAUCAACCACUCUCUCUACCACUUUCCCUACAUCAACAGCAUCAACCACUCUCUCUACCACUUCCCCUACAUCAACCACGCUCUCUACCACUUCCCCUACAUCAACAGCAUCAACCACUCUCUCUACCACUUCCCCUACAUCAACCACUCGCUCUACCACUUCCCCUACAUCAACAGCAUCAACCGCUCUCUCUACCACUUCCCCUACAUCAACAGCAUCAACCGCAAGCACUGCUCCAACAACACCAGAAGUCUGCCUUUCGAGAAAGGGUAGCGCUGCCACUACCAUUUCAGUGUGUCUGCCUUACUACUUGGUGCUUGAAUAUGAGCAGCACCUUCAACUGGCUACAUGGACCUUUGCCAAUCCCUUCCAGACUACAACAACCCUCAAGUUUAUCGGCAAGUCCUUGUGA